AUGAAAGCACUCAUCACCACAAAUACUCUAUACUCUAGAGUUGCAAAUCUCGCACUCCACAAAAAUCUUACCACAAUGAGGGCGCAGUGGAAGGAUGUUCCGAUACCUGCUGUUUCAGACAAUGAGAUUCUUGUCAAGGUCCAUGCCGUCGCGUUGAAUGCGACUGACUUCAAGCAUAUCGACGCAAUCUCCCCCCCCAACUGUAUUACUGGCUGUGACUAUGCAGGGGAGGUGUAUAAGGUGGGAAAGGGUGUAUCAAAGCUCUGGAGCGUUGGAGACAGAGUAGCUGGCGCUGUUCAUGGGGGCCUGUACGCGGAUCGCGGCUCGUUUGCCGAAUACCUGAAGACGGAUGCCGACCUUGCCUGGAGGAUACCAGAGACCAUGGAAGACGCUGUUGCAACUACCUAUGGUGUAUCCGCUGUUACAGCAGUAUUGGCCCUGUGUGGGCGCCUGGGCUUCCCUAAGGUCGAGACGUUGUUGGAGCCAAAUUGCGGAAACGAGACCGGAACCAUAUUCGUAUAUGCGGGCUCAACUUCUGCAGGUCUCUCGGUCAUACAGUUAGCGAAGGCCUUCGGUUGGAAGGUCGUCACCACAACUUCUCCGCAUUCAUACGACCUCGUCAAGAGCUAUGGCGCAGACGCCGUCUUCGACUACCGCGAUAAGAACAUCGGCCUGGAGAUCGCAAAAGCCCAUCCAGAUAUCAAAAUUGCCGUUGAUUGUUAUUCGGAAGGCAAGUCGACAAAGACCUGCGACGUUGUCCUCGGAAGCAAGGGAGGCCAAGUGAUCACUCUACUGCCCUCGACAAAACCGACCUUACCAUCUAUCAAGCAUGAACUCAUCAUGGCCUACACCGUCUUUGGCCACGAAUUCCAGUGGUUACCUCCUAUUGGGCCAAAAUUUGCUGUGGUGCAGUCAGAUCGAGAUAUGCUAGCUCGGUUCUACGAAGCUCUGCCACAGUUGACGGACGUAUUGAGGCCUCUUCCUGUCGCUCGUGAGGCUAGAGGUAUGGACGCCAUUCUUCCAGGGUUGGAUAAGUUGCGAGAGGGGAAAGUGUCAGGCAGUAAAUUGGUGAUCGAGUUCUGA